GAAAACCCCAGGGCAGCAGUUUUAGGCUGAAAAAAUCGGAACUCAGCGGACGAACAGAGGCUUACCGGAAGUAUUUUUCAGCCGCCGGACCCAGCCGGAAUCUCUUCAUCUUCCGUUUGGAGAUACAAAGUUCAGAUAAAAAAUAUAUACUGUAUUGAGGUGAAAUACCUGAAAAUAUCAUCCUGGUCCAGUGGAUUAUUUUGAUGCCAUGACCGUCCAGGCCAAUUUGCGUCUUCUAACCUAUUCACAAGAGAUUGUAGAUGGACAACCAAUUUAUGUUUCCUCAAAUUGUCUUCCAAUUAAGGCUUCAAAAUACGAACCUGCUGGCCAUUCUUUCCAUUAUGCUGCCCUUAAACUCCUUGGUUGUGAGGACGAUGAAGUGAGUGAUGACAACGAGCAGACAGCUGAUGAUGCGGAACAGAAAUAUGCUCCAUCAUUUGAUUCAUAUAGCAGCAAAGGUAAAAAGAAAUCUGGUGGAAGCACGCAACAAGAUCAUUAUGCAUUGUUGGGUUUGAGUCAUUUAAGAUAUUUGGCCACUGAGGAUCAGAUAAAAAAGAGCUAUCGAGAGACAGCUUUAAAGUAUCAUCCGGACAAACAAGCUGCACUUAUUCUUGCUGAGGAAACUGAAUCUGCAAAACAAGCAAAGAAGGAUGAAAUUGAAAGUCAUUUUAAGUCUAUCCAAGAAGCAUAUGAAGUGUUAAUUGAUCCUGUCAAACGAAGAAUAUAUGACUCAACAGACGAGUUUGAUGAUGAGAUUCCAACUGAUUGUGCUCCACAAGAUUUCUUCAAGGUGUAUGGUCCAGCUUUUAUGAGGAAUGGGCGGUGGUCUGUUAACCAAUCUGUUCCGUCAUUAGGUGAUGACAAAACUCCAUUGAAAGAAGUUGAUGAUUUCUAUAACUUUUGGUAUAGCUUUAAAAGCUGGAGAGAGUUUCCACAUGCUGAUGAAUUUGAUAUUGAGCAAGCAGAGUCUCGGGACCACAAGAGGUGGAUGGAAAGACAGAAUGCUAAACUUACAGAAAAGGCUAGGAAGGAAGAAUAUGCUAGGAUUCGAACUCUUGUAGAUAAUGCAUACAAACGGGACCCUAGAAUACAGAGAAGAAAGGAGGAAGAGAAAGCUGAAAAGCAGAGGAAGAAGGAAGCAAAAUUUUUGGCAAAGAAGUUACAGGAAGAAGAGGCUAUUAGGCGUGCUGAAGAGGAGAAACGAAGGAAGGAGGAGGAGGAGAAACGAGCUGCAGAAGUGGCUCAACAACAGAAAAAGGUGAAAGAGAAAGAGAAGAAACUCCUACGCAAAGAACGGACUCGCCUUAGAACACUUUCUGGGCCUAUCAUAUCUCAGUCUUUGCUCGAUCUUUCUGAGGAAGAUGUGGAAAAUCUCUGUUCAUCCUUUGACAUUGAGCAGCUGAGAAAUGUGUGUGACAAAAUGGAAGGAAAAACAGGGUUGGAGCGUGCAAAGGUUCUCAAAGAUGCCCAGGGAUGCAGUAACUCAGAGAGAAAGCAUCAAGAGGUCAAGAAGACAGGACAGCAAAAUGGUUCCACAACAGCUAAUACCAGUGUACCGUUAAGCAGCCUUCAGAAGAAGGAGAGGCCUUGGGGCAAAGAUGAAAUUGAGCUCUUAAGGAAAGGAAUGCAGAAAUACCCUAAAGGAACUUCUCGUAGGUGGGAGGUUAUCUCAGAGUACAUUGGUACAGAAAGGUCAGUGGAAGAAAUUUUGAAGGCAACCAAAACGAUUCUCUUACAGAAGCCUGAUUCUGCAAAAGCUUUUGACUCGUUUCUUGAGAAAAGGAAACCAGCACAGUCAAUUGCAUCUCCACUGUCAACCAGAGAAGAGUUAGAAGGUGCAUCCACUCAAAAAUCUGAAGACAAUGCAGCAGUCAAUGGUAAUCUGGACAUGCCUUCGGGAAGAAAUGUAAACAGCCAAACUCCUAAUGAUUCAUCUGCAAAUGGAGUUCCCUCUAGCUCGGAGCAAGACGAUUGGUCAGCUGUACAAGAAAGAGCACUAGUCCAAGCUCUAAAAACAUUCCCAAAAGAGACUAGCCAGCGAUGGGAGCGGGUUGCAGCUGCCGUUCCAGGGAAGACAGUGAACCAGUGCAAGAAAAAAUUUACAUCAAUGAAGGAGAACUUCAGAAACAGAAAGAGUGCUGCUUAGCUUAUUGAGGUUUCUUCUCUUGGUGGCAAAAGUGAUCCUUUUGCAGAAAAUUGUUUACCCAUUUAUUUAUAGUUCAUAUCAAGAGGGGUUUAUCUGGAUACAUCCAACCGAUUCUUCACAAGGUCAGCCUAUUUAUAUACCUCUGCAUAGGUUUUUAUUUCAUGAAAUUUUAUCAAUGCCUACAGCUUCUAGUUUAGUAACUUGAAAUUCCCUGAAGAGAUAACAGUAUUUGCGCAUGCGGAAGAGUUUUGAAUUUUCCUUUCUUAUUAUGUUGUUUAAAACGAUUCAUGUAGAUCUAUGUUCGAAUUAUUUGUAAGCAUAUGGCUUCAUUUAGAAUGAUCCUGUUGAGUUUUGAAAAUUAAA